GAGCAGGAACCCUCCGCUCCCAUCGCCCUCACUCCUGACGAGCAGUUGUGCGAGGAGUUCUUCACUCGCACUCAUACUCGCACCUCCUCAGGGCGGUACAUGGUGAGGCUGCCAUUUGCCUCUCCGCCGCCAACACUCACGGAGACCCGCAAGUCUGCGGAACGCCUGCUGCACGCCGUAGAGCGGAAAGGCAGCCGGGACACACGGUUCGGAGAACUCUACCGCUCCUUCCUAAGGGAGUACGAGAACGUUCAGCAUAUGACGCGUGUGACCGGCGGGUCUAAUCCUCCCACCAACGGUAAGUGCUAUCUUCCGCAUCACGGAGUGCUCCGGGAGUCAAGCGCUACCACGAAGCUGAGGGUGGUGUUUAACGGGUCGCAGCGAACCACGUCCGGCGACUCGCUCAACGUCCAUCUUCUCACGGGAGCAAACCUGCUGCCUACUCUCGCUGACGUCCUGAUGCGCUGGCGGUGGCACCGCUACGCCAUCAUCGCUGAUGUCGAAAAAAUGUACCGCUAG